UGACUCUUUUCCUGUUGGGAGAGAAGAAGUUGUUAAACCCCACCCUCUCUACUGACGGUAAGCACGGACGUAGAAGUGGUUCGAGGUCCGGACGAGUGAACGCUGACUGACCGAGGAAGAGGAAUAUGAUGAAGAACUUAUGUUGGAGUUAUUGCGCUGUUUUGGAUACCGACUGAAACCACCGAGCUGGACCAGGCAACUUCGCUGAACUCCCCCAUUAGGAACUAACGGGAUUUGUUUUUACUGCGUGUUUUCUCUCUGGGAAGUAAAGUCAAGCAGGGUUGGAUAGCUCUUCCUGUUACAAAGUCGGUGGUUCCUACGUGUUUUUUUUAAUGUUGUGAUAAAGCCCGGCUCAUUGUGUGCUUCUGGUAACACCGUAAGUAUGGAUACCGUCGCUCAAAGGGAUGCUGGGUUUCCUGCGGGAGCGCCGCAAAGUUGCGGUCAGACGCCGUUAUUGGAGAUUUAGUUAGGUUUACUAAUGCGAACUGCUUAGCCCUGAAAACUUGUCGUAAAACACUGGUUGGCUGGACUGAAUGCUCCUUUCCUGCUAUUCUUCUCCGCUUAGCAGCGCUUCCUGCUUGUGGUGGCCACUGCACUUAAUGGCUAAAAAUACAUUUAAAAAAAACCCUCCAAAUGGACAGCUGAAUGUACCUAGUGGCGACGGUCAUUUGUAAUACUGGUAUUUUACACAACAAGCUUUGGAUAGGCUACUUUUAUUUGUGUCUUUACACUUUUUUUAGUGUUUAAAAAAUCCGAACUCAACAGGUGGCAGUUUUGAAUGAGUGAAGGGAAGAGCUCAUUUACCCACGAUGAGGUGAUUCAAGAGCCUCUCUUCAAAUACAGGCCAAUGUGCUCAAACCAUUUUGGGAAACCACACAUCACUUGAACAGAGAGACAUUCCGUUUUAGACAGCGCUGCCUUUCUGAGCUCUGAACCCCUUUCUCAUUAUCACACAAAAUCAAUCUCUCAACCUGAUUCUGUAUUUUCAAAGCGGAGAGCUUUGCAUGUGAUGUCCAGACGAAUGAAAGACACUUACCAUUCAGUUCUAUUUGAAUCCUCUCCUGCAGCCCGCUUGUUGGUCAAGCUCUUGAACACAUUUCACUGGUCCCUGAUGAACCAACAAGAAAGACAGGAAAGGGAGCGAGGCGCGAUAAAGUACUCCUUUGUACUUUAUUUUCAAACCCUUUGGGUGCAAAAUCAGAUCCAGUCUAAACAUCUGCUUGAGGCUCCAUGGAGCCACUGAAGAACAUAUUCAGUCGUGGCCCACUGUCCAACUGGAAAAACUUGGAUCAGUCGCAGAAAGGGAACUUCACCAACCCUGUGUGGACAGCCUUAUUCGACUAUGAGGCGUCCUGUAAAGACGAGCUCACCUUGCGUAAGGGGGACCUGGUGGAAGUCCUGUCUCUGGACUCUGAGAUAUCCGGCGAUGAGGGCUGGUGGGCGGGUAAAGUCAACAACAAGGUGGGCAUCUUCCCAUCCAACUACGGCUCCUUCAAGCCAAAUGGAUACGGGAAGCUUCCGGGCAGCACCGUUGUCGCCGAGCUCAACCCGGCCGUGGUGGGCAAGUUUGAACCCGACGUGCUGGAUUUCCGGGACCUGAAGCUGGAGGAGGUCAUCGGGGUGGGGGGCUUUGGGAAGGUGUACCGCGGGACAUGGCGAGGCCUGCUAGUGGCCGUGAAGGCCGCCCGGCAAGACCCUGAUGAGGAUAUCAGCGUGACGGCGCAGAACGUCAGGCAGGAGGCGCGUUUGUUCGCCAUGCUCACUCACCCCAACAUCAUCGCCCUGAAGGGCGUCUGUCUGCAGGAACCCAACCUGUGCCUCAUCAUGGAGUACGCCUCGGGUGGGGCGCUGAGCCGGGCACUGGCGGGGCGUCGCAUUCCUCCACACGUCCUGGUCAACUGGGCCGUGCAGAUAGCCAGAGGGAUGUUGUACCUGCACAGCGAGGCCAUCGUCCCCGUCAUCCAUCGGGAUCUCAAGUCCAACAACAUCCUUCUGGCUCAGCCCAUAGAGAAUGAAUGUAUGGAGGGUCUGACGUUGAAGAUCACGGACUUCGGCCUGGCGAGAGAGUGGCACAAGACCACCAAGAUGAGCACGGCCGGCACCUACGCCUGGAUGGCCCCCGAGGUCAUCAAGUCCUCCACCUUCUCCAAAGGCAGCGACGUCUGGAGCUAUGGCGUUCUGCUGUGGGAGCUGCUAACGGGAGAGGCGCCCUACAAAGGGAUUGAUGGACUCGCCGUUGCCUACGGAGUCGCUGUCAACAAGCUCACCCUGCCCAUCCCUUCCACGUGCCCCGAACCCUUCGCUCAGCUCAUGUCAGAGUGCUGGGACCAGGACCCCCACCGCAGACCCAAUUUCAGCUCCAUCCUGACCCAGCUGAUGGCCCUGGAGCAGCAGGUGAAGGAAGAGAUGCCACAGGAAUCCUUCCAUUCCCUGCAGGAGGACUGGAAACUGGAGAUCCAGGACAUGUUUGACGAAAUCCGGGCUAAAGAGAAGGAGCUGCGAUGUCGCGAGGAGGAGCUGAAGCGAGCGGCUCUGGAGCAGAAGUCCCACGAAGAGUUCCUGCGGCAGCGCGAGCAGCAGCUGGCCCAGUGGGAGCAGGACGUGUUUGAGCGCGAGCUCAGCCUCCUCAUCCUCCACCUGAACCAGAACCAGAACCAGGAGAAGCCCAACGUCAAGAAGAGGAAGGGCACCUUCAAGAAGCACAAGCUCAAGUGCAAGAACGGCGAGAAGAUCAGCAUGCCUCAAGAUUUCAUCCAUAAGAUCACGGUGCAGGCUUCCCCAGGCCUGGAGAAGAGGCGGAACUCUCCGGAUUUGGGUUCGGGCUCCUCACCCUCCUUCGGCCCACGCUUCCGUGCAAUUCAACUCAGUCCCAGCGACAACAGCCGGUCGUUUGGUCUGAGCUCGGCCUGGCCCCUAGAGGCCCCUUCUCAUAAACAGACCAAUGGAGACCUGAGGUUGGGCCCCCACUGGAGGCCCCAGAGCCCAAAAAGUCCCAAAAGCCCUAAAGUCCUGCGCCUCAGUCCCCAGGAAAGCAGUCUGUCUAUGAGGGCCAAGCUGCUGGAGUCAGACAGCAAUGAGAGGGGGGAUACCAAGGAUGACUUUGAGGAGUACAGACCCAGCGCGCCGACCCCUCCCACUGCUCAGAACGGCUCGUCAGUGAAGGACAGCCUGCGGCUUCCUCUACCUCAGCGAGACUCGCUCAGCGAGGACGGGGGUUCCUCCCCGGCUGGCUCCCCCAGGCCCGAGAGGGGUUCCCACGGGGGCCAAAUAAAGGGCACUCACCGGGCCCUGCUGGGCAGUGGCUCCCUCCUGGCCUCCAUAGGACUAGGACGCUGCCUGGAUAUUCCCCCAAGGGUGCCCCCUCGAACUAACUUCCCUUCCCUAGAGAACCGCACCCCCUCGGAACUAGAGAUCUCCUCCCCUAUGCCCCUCAUUUCAGACCCCCCCGUGGUGGACGAUCUCAUCACCUUCUCCACAUCCGAGCUGCUCCCCAGACCGCUCUUGGAUCUAGCUCUGCAGUACCAGGAACUGAAGCCCUUGCCCCUGACGCCGCCCCCGCCCAUCCCCCGGGAGAGGAGCGGCCACCGGACGCCGCAGGUCCCGCACAGCCCGCAGAGCCCCAGGAGCCCCCCGCGGCAUGGCAAGGCCAGCCCAGGGGAAUGGACCCCGUGUUCCCAUUCCACUAACGGGGACCUGGGCUGUGUGGCCUGGGAGCCUAGAGCUGACAGGAGGAGGAGGUCCAGCCAAGGCCUGCACACCGCUCAGCUAGUUUUGGACCUGCCCUUGUGCCAAGACACACAGGACUCUGAUGACAAGCCUUCAGUGGCCUCCUCCCUCCACCUCAACCCUGCCCUCUGGAGCCCCAAAUCCCGCCGGCUGGAGGUCAGCGUCAUCCCCCGGCCCCGCCCGUCCCCCAUCCGCCCCCGCAUCGACCCCUGGAGCUUCAUCUCGGCCGGUGGCGGGAACUCGGCCGGCGGCCGCAGCCCACACCGCUCGGACGGCAACCCUCUGGGCUACCAGCCCUCCCCUACCAACCCUUUCACCAACUGUGACCCCUUCCCCUCACCGGACUGUGACCCCUUCGCCCUGAAGGCUGACCCCUCGUGCGGCUCGGACAUGCCCUCCCCCUUCGACCCCUUCUCGGCUCCCUUCGCCACCUCCCGGUCUGCCCCGUGCUCCACUAACGGCUCGCCCACGCUGCCCUCGUUCCGUAUCGCGCCCCUCAACCUGGCCGACUCGCCCCUCAUCGACCUGAGCUGGUCGGCCUGCGGCAAGCCCCUGGACGGCACCAAAGAGAGAGCUCACCCCCGUAAGACACUGGGGCUCAAGCCCUUCAAGUCCCCGACGCAACUCAGAGACGAUAGGUUCUAAACCUGUGACUUUGGCAAAGCCCUGGUUUUUAUCACAGGAGUCCAGUCCCCUUUCCACUACUAUGUCCUACAUCUAAACAAGGUUUUGGAAUCUUUAAAAAAAAAAAAAAGAAAUAAAAAAAAAAAAAAAAAACCUGCACACCCACUAAGGGGAGGUUUCCCCAAUGGGAGCCUCAAUCAUUGCUAACCUAUUUGUAUGCCGGCCUGCUGCUUGGGAAAGCUGAAAGCCAGUGAAAGGUGGUACAUUGGAUUGUGGGAUAGCUGCUUUUUAAGCCAAUAGCUGGUGUCCAUUUCAUUCUCCCGCUCUAUCUUGGUUUCUCUAUCCCUUUUGAAGGAGCAGAAUACAGAUCACUAGUCCCAUCUUCAGAUUCUAUCAGAUUGUUCAUAUCACCUACACCCCCCCCUCCCCCCCACACACACACAAGACACACACACACACACACACACACACACACACACACCUUUGAAGCAUUAUGACAUAGGUGAAUGCAGAGGUGGAUAAGGCGACUUGCACAGCUUCAUCUGCCUCUACUUCUCUGCAGACUGAAAGCAUUCAGGACAAUGGGAAAUUGGAGUGCCUUAUUUUCGUGAAGUGCUUUUAUUAUACAUAUAUAUCUUUUCAAGAUUUCUUGAAUGGUUAAUCUGGUGUGUAGGGAAGAUGCUAUGAAUUUGGCAUAAAUUAGCAAAUCAGCUUAGCAUUGCUGUGGAAGAAAAUGUCGUCUGCGUGCGUGUGUGCGUGUGUGUCUAGACUCAUUGUUCAAGGACAGCUUACUGUUUUUGCUUUUUUUUCUUAAACAGCAUCUGCCUGUUGCAUUAUGGGAGAAAGCACUCAGAGUGGAUUUUCCAGGCCACAUAUGAAAUCCGAGACAAAUCCAUGACCCAGACAUUCCACGUGGAAGCAGAUAAAAUUCCAAACACAUUCCCCUCCAAAUGCCAGGCAUUGGACAGAUUCAUUCGGCUGGCUGGCUGGCAGGCGGCACGGCACAGGAAACAGGACGGGGGAGCCCUCUGCAUUCCCUUCGUAUGCCAAAGAAUGCCACUGUGGCAGUGUAAGGGCUGGGGACAAAAAGUAUUUGCAAAUACAUUGUUUUUACCUCCAUGGAGUGCCGGACGGGCGGGGUCUGCCACACUGGACAUUACGGUGAAAGUUGAGGCGAUCACAGAUAGUAUUUAAACAUAACUCUGAUAUGCUUUUCUGUGGUUAUCUUUUUAUUAUUAUUAUUAUUAUUAUCCAGGCUGUCUUACCCGUCUGAUGCUGCAGGAAGGUAAGACCAAAUACCGUUGAGUAUUUGCAAAUACUACAAUACAAGUCUGUAUGGAAGCUUCACUGCUGAGUACUUUAUUUAUUUGUACAGUCCACCAGAGUAGCAGUAGCCUCGCAAAGCCGGCCCAUGAUUUUGCGGUGUCGUGGACCACACGCCACUUCUCUCCUUGACCUGAUUGGAUUGCUUUCUUGUCGAGAAACUGCAGAUAGCAGAAGCUUAGCUUAGCUUAGCAUAAAGACCGGAAGUAUGGGGGAAACAGCUGGCGUGGCUCUUGUCUUUCUAAAAAUCCGCCUUUCAGCUCCUCUCUGUCGUUUGUUUGAUAGCAGUGACUUCCUGGAGUUGUAUUGUCCCGAUAAGGUGGCCAGGCAGCAGUCUUGUGUAAAGUACUUGAAAGCAAAACUUGAGUAAAAGUCAUCUUUGGAAUGUUACUCGAGUAAACGUCUAAGUAUCUUAGUAUCAGAUUUUUACUGUACUUAAGUAUCAAAAGUAAUUUUCUGAUCGUUAACGUACUUAAUUAUUAGAAGGAAAAGUUUAAAAAAAACUUUGAUUAUGAACUUAAUUGCGUCUGUUACGUUGGCGGCAGAGCCUGCAGCAGGUGCUUCCAUUAUUAUGCCUCCUCCUCCUCUUCUUCGUUUUGGCGCUUGGCAACAACGGAGCGUGCAUUAACCAG